AUGCGGCCGUUUUCAGACUCAACAUUAUCUUCGGAAACGUCGAUCCGAACUAUAAAUGAAAGUGAGAUUUCAUCUUCAGAAGAAAAUGAAACUAAUCUACUUCGUGAUGCAAGCCAAAAUCAAUUAUUCCGCAGUUACAGCGAUGUUACUCAUUCAAAUCGACUUGAUAUUCCUUCUUCUCAAAGAAACAACAUGGAUAAAAAUAUGAAAGCUCAUAAAAGUUCACGUCAUGAAAUCCACACUAGUAUAUCUUAUAUAUCUAGAAUUAAUGUUGCAUCUAGUCUGAGUGCUGACAUUCAGGAAAAUGUAAAAAAUCAAAAUAAUACGUUACGUGAUAGUCAUACUAGUGUCUCUCGUAUACAUAGAACUGAGCUUCCAUCGGCCAGAAGUACAACUUUUAUCAACGAAUCUGGGGGCAAUGCAAACAAUCCACUUCAUGACUGUCACACUAGUGUCUCUCGUGUAUCCAGAGGCGAAGUUCGGUCUUCACGGAGCAGCAUUAUCGAACACAAUUCAAGACAACAAAAUAAUGCACUUCGUGACAGUUAUACUCGUGUGUCCUUAGUGCAAAAAACUGAACUCCAAUCUACUCAAAGUUCCAAUUUUAAUGAACGUGACACCAUGAGUGGAUUUCGUAGCGCGCGAAGUCACGUCACCAUCAAACGCAUCAAAAAACCUGGGUUAUCACGUACUCAGACUCAUGGUAUUAUUGAAACUAUGAAUAAAAAACGCGUCCAUUCCAAUAAAAAUCAGAUCGGUACUGAUCGUCCCGAGAGAAUAAAUUUUUAUUCUGCUCAGCACAGAAGGAGCAACAACAGCAUUAACAGUGUUAACCGAGAGGAAUCACAAUCCACAAACAGCGACGACAGCAUUUCAUUGCGAUAUCUAUCGCCUACAUGGGGUACUCGCAUAAAUUCUAGUCAGAAUAGAAUAGUCCUAAGACAACAUCAACAUCAACAACGGCUACCACUUCAACAACAACAAGCGCCACAACAACAACCACAACAACAGCUACCACAACAACUACAACGAGUAGCACGUCUACAACAACAACAACGACAACAAGUACCACAUCCACAUCAACAACGAGUACAUCGACAACAUCAACAACAACUACCACAACGACGUCCACAACAACUACCACAACGACGUCCACAACAACUACCACAACGACGUCCACAACAACUACAUCGACGACAUCCACAACAAGUAGCACUAGUACUACAAGUACAACUUCUACGACAAGUACAACAUCAACGACAACCACAGAGACUACCUCAACUACAUCCAGCACAAGUUCAACUUCAACAAGUACAACUUGUACCAGCAACAACAACUACUAGUUCGAGCUCCACGACGGCAACAACUACAACACAAUCGACCACAUCCUGUACGCCAGUCGGUCAUGGUACUUUGCUUUCACUAAGUGGCUCAGCUCCAACUACAUGGACAUUGUAUCAAUAUAGCUAUACAGCCGUGUCUACAUCGGCAAUUAUCAUGUUUGGAUUUCAGAAUGAAAAUAAUCGCAAAUACUUUUUGGAUGCUGUAUCUGUUGUUGACAAUAGUGCACCUGCGGUUGAAUUGCUCAUGAAUCCAAGUUUUGAAAGCUCAACAACAACAGCAACAGACUGGACUCAAUGGUGUUCAAGCACUUGUGGUUCUACUUUCGGAGUAGUAGUCUCUGGUACGAAUUGCUACCUGUCUACUGGCAAUUGUUUUUCAGACAACUGCUACGCAAGUUUGGGUAUUGACUUUCUCGGUCAAUCAUUUGCAAGUACAGUCGGCCAUACUUAUACAAUCUCAUUUUGGUUAAUAUUAGGUGGCUCAGGCACCACUACUGCUAAUAGAUUUUACGCUGACAUCAUCUAA